UUUCAGGAUUCCCAUUCCUCUUCAAGUACCCUACACUUUCCUCAUCUCCUCUCAGUCCUCAACCCUGGAUCUCAUCAGCCCUCGAUCCGACGCCACUGCAGUCGCCGAUCAUCGUCUUCGAUCUUCUACAGUGUCCUCUUCAUCUCAGAUGGAGGAAUCGGAGGCAGUGGACAACAAAAAAGUUCUGACAAUUGGCUAUGUUAUGAAACCAUCUCGUGAAGAGGACUUUUUCAAGAGAGGUGCUUUCCCUGUGCAUCCUACAAAAAAUGGAUUGGUGUUUGUUCCUAUCAGGUUCCACCUUCCAUUAGCAUCUCAAGUACAAAAUGUGGAUGCAGUUCUCCAUAAAGCAACAGAUGAGAUCAUCAGCAUUGACUUGUCCUUUCCUUUAGAUUUCCCCAAGGGGAUUUCAUUUUCCAAAGGAAUGCAUGAACUGGAAAGGUAUGUUCAGACUCAUUCUGAUUGUUGCAUGAUAGAUCCGCUUAUUAACAUAUAUCCUUUAUUGGAUCGCUACAAGAUCCAACAACUUCUGCUUGAACUGCAGUACCUCAGUAAUGAAUCUCGCAACAGACUCCGGGCACCUCACUUUUUACAGGUUGAUAAUUUUCACAACCCUAAACUUAAGGAGCAAUUAGCAGAAGCUAGGUUAUCAUUUCCACUUAUUGUGAAACCGCAGGUUGCUUGUGGCGUAGCAGAUGCUCAUGAUAUGGCAUUAGUGUUUAAGUAUGAAGACUUUAAUGGCCUUGGUGUUCCACUUCCUGCUAUCGUGCAGGAAUAUGUGGACCAUGGUUCCUCACUGUUCAAAUUUUACGUGUUAGGAGAGAAAGUUUUCCAUGCUGUGAAGAAGUCUAUGCCCAAUUCUAGUUAUUUAUUAUCAAUGGCAGAAAAAGAUGGGUCUGGUUCAGUCCUUUUUAACAGUUUGAAAUCCUUACCAAUUUCCAAAGAGGAUCGGCCAUCAGAUCAGGGGAUAAAGGCCGAUAAAAUGACUCUUAAUGUAGAAUUAGUCAAUGAUGCUGCAAGAUGGUUAAAGAAAAGACUUGGGCUCACCAUUUUCGGAUUUGAUGUUGUCAUUCAAGAAGGUACAGGAGACCAUGUCAUUGUGGAUUUAAACUAUCUUCCAUCUUUUAAAGAAGUACCAGAUAGUGAUGCCAUGCCUGCAUUUUGGGAAGCAAUCAAAAACUCAUAUGAGAUCAUGAAAGAAAAGAAAUUGACAGAAGCUCCAAUUGCUGACACAUAGAUAUGUGAAUUUGAUUGAGUUCUUGAUGGAUAUUUCGGAAACUUUAAGGAGGCCAUAAAUGAGUUCCCCGAACUCAAAUGUGUCUUACUGUCAUAACGUUUCGCUUGUUAACAUGCGCAGAUGACUUCGACGUAACCAGCAAAAUAACCUUUAUCUUCAGUCCCUUUCUUGUCUGAUUUGCAAAGUGUCCUUCAUUGGUCAGCAAUGCUGGUAUCCUCUUUGUCUCUCAUUAGUAGAAGCAUUAAGUCAUGUGAAAAGUUGGUGCAAAGCUGUUGCAGUUAGCAGAUUUUAAUCUUCAAAUUGUUGAUA